CUUCUUUAUAUUGCGGCCUUUUCCUCUCUAUCUCUGUCAUAGUUUGGUCUUCACGGCCUUUACGGUGAAGAAGAUAGUUUUAAAAGAGAGAGAGAGAGAGAGAGAGAGAUUCUGGUGCUCCAAAAUUUUCUCGAUCACAUUUUCUCGGGAAUCUGCUGAUCCAAUCAAGCGAAGAUUCUAAGAAUUAGUGAAUAAAAAUUUCUUAAAACUUGAGAGCAAUGUGUUUUAUUGCCUUUCUUUUUCCACUCCAAAUUUGACUAAUCAACUACCUCAAGGAUUUACGUCUUUCCAUUUCUUCCCUCUUUUCCUUCGUCAGUCCUUUGUUGUUUUGCUUGCUUUCCAAUAAGCGUCAUUUUUUUAGGGGUUGUUGACUGUUCCAUUGGGCCUCGUUUCAAAUCGAAACGCCCUUUCCUGGUGGCUGCGAUUAGACCGGUCAAAAUUGUCACACUGCUCACAGUAGCUAGCGAGAGCGAGAGGGGGAGGGACAGAGGUGAAUUAUUUUAUUAUAAAUUCGAUAAGGAAGUUCAGAAGUGUAAAUUCAUUUUUGUAAGAUUAUAUUUUUAGCUCCGAUAGCGCCAUUGUGGGCGUCUAGAGAUUGCAAUUAGUGUUUUUCGACUAGUAAUUUCAGUCAGUGUUCCUAGAACAAGGGGUGAAAAGAAAGAAGGUAGAAAAAAGAUGACGAUCGAGUCUUUACCAGGAAGCUCAGGUUACUUGGAUUUGUUCCCAGAGAGGAGAAUGUCGUAUUUCAGUAAUACGUAUGUUUUGGGAUUAACUGUGAUUGCUGGAAUAGGGGGUCUGCUCUUCGGCUAUGAUACAGGUGUUAUUUCAGGUGCCCUUUUGUACAUAAAAGACGAAUUUGAGGUGGUUAAUCAGAGUAGCUUCUUACAGGAAACAAUUGUUAGUAUGGCUCUGGUUGGUGCAAUAAUUGGAGCUGCAUCAGGUGGUUGGAUUAACGAUGCGUAUGGACGGAAGAAGGCUACGCUUAUUGCUGAUGUCGUCUUUGCAGUUGGAUCAGCUGUCAUGGCAGCUGCACCGGAUCCAUAUGUUCUUAUUCUGGGUCGACUCUUAGUCGGCCUUGGAGUGGGUAUAGCAUCUGUCACGGCUCCUGUGUAUAUUGCAGAAGCAUCUCCAUCUGAAGUAAGGGGGGCACUAGUGGGCACAAAUGUUCUCAUGAUAACUGGUGGACAGUUUCUUUCCUAUCUCGUUAAUCUUGCUUUUACACAGGUCCCUGGAACAUGGCGGUGGAUGCUUGGAGUUGCUGGUGUGCCAGCUGUGGUUCAGUUCUGUCUUAUGCUCUGUAUGCCAGAAUCUCCACGUUGGCUUUUUAUGAAGAAUGAUAAAGAUAAGGCCAUUAUGGUACUGGCCAAAAUAUAUGACCUUGCCCGAUUGGAGGAUGAAAUUGAUCAACUUUCUGCCUCUUCAGUGGAAGAUCGCCAGAAACAGAAUAAUAGCAGAUACUUGGAUGUGUUCAAAUCAAAAGAAAUCAGACUUGCAUUUCUUGCUGGGGCUGGGCUUCAGGCUUUUCAGCAGUUCACGGGCAUCAAUACAGUCAUGUACUAUAGCCCAACCAUUGUUCAAAUGGCUGGCUUUAGUUCUAACCAAUUAGCACUUCUCCUGUCCCUUAUCGUUGCUGCAAUGAAUGCUGCAGGAUCGAUUCUUGGCAUUUACCUUAUUGACCAUUUUGGGCGGAGGAAGUUGGCUCUCUCAAGCUUAACUGGCGUAAUUGUUUCUCUUGUCAUCUUGGCUGUGGCAUUCUUUGGCAAAUCAACUGGUUCUUCAAAUGCACUCUAUGGGUGGCUAGCAGUGUUGGGACUAGCCUUAUACAUUGCCUUCUUCUCACCUGGAAUGGGACCAGUUCCAUGGACUGUGAACUCAGAGGUAUACCCUGAGGCAUAUCGAGGGAUAUGUGGUGGAAUGUCGGCUACUGUGAAUUGGGUUUCUAAUUUGAUUGUGGCCCAAACUUUCCUUUCACUUGCCAAUGCUGUGGGAACCGGUGCAACUUUCUUGAUUCUUGCUGGUGUGGCUGUGGCUGCAAUUGUGUUUGUGCUUCUGUUUGUACCAGAGACCAAAGGGCUCACAUUCGUUGAAGUAGAGCAGAUCUGGAAGGAAAGAGCUUGGGGCAGUAGUUAUAACACCGAGAGCCUUCUUGAGCAAGGAAGUGAAACUUCGUAAGCUUGACCAUAGCUCAAUAAUGUCAGCAUCAUAUAUAAAGGUUUUGAAGACAGUUUGUAAGUAUCAUAGUUUUCUGUGCCUAUAAAUGUGAUGUGCUUGGAUAUAUUUUUGAAAUUUGUCCAGCACAGUCCUCAAUAUUCUAGGGUCCAAAACUCUGGACAUAGAAAGUUAUGACCGUUAAAUGUGUGCAAGUGAGAGAGCCAAUUUGACCUGUAUUUUAGUGGUCUGUUUCCUUUAGCACCCUAGGAAAGGCUCUGUUCUCUCUAUUUAAUAUGUGGGAAGUUUGUAUUGAUUUCAAGAACAUGACUAGUGGAGUGGUAAUGUAAGAUAAUAUGUGAUGCUGAUUCCCAGUCCCUAGCAUAUUUAAAUGCUGAGUUCAUCAUUGUGCUCUUCAUUUAGUUCAAAAUAUUCAUUUUGAAAUUGAAAA